CUGCAUUUCCUGUUGGCAGCAGAGAGCAAGUGGAAACAGACGCCGCAGCGGCCAGCGGCCCAGGCAGGAACCGCUCCCGCGAUUCACCCGGGCCUUCCCAGGCCCUGGUCCCGGCUCCCGCACCUCGCGCGCCUGACCCCAACCGCCGGCGGGGGCCGCGGCCGGAGGCAGCCAGCUCGCCGAGACCGCAUCCCGCACCCGGCCGAAGGCUGCGCGGCGGCCGCGCGGUUCAGCGCCCCCUGCGGCUCGCGCUGGCUCUCGGGGGGCGGCGGGCGCCGCGGUCGGCGAUGUCGGGGCGCGCUCGGCUCGGCGUGGCCCGGGAGGCCCUGGGCGCCUGGCUGCUGGGCGGCCUCUGCUUCUGGGCGCUGGGCGGCCUCUGCGGUCUGGGGGCGGCGGCACCGGGGGCGAGGGCCGGGGGCGCCCCGGGGACCCCGCGCCCGUGCCAGGCGCCGCAGCAGUGGGAGGGCCGCCAGGUUCUGUACCGGCAGAGCAGCGGGCGCAACAGCCGCGCCCUGCUCUCCUACGACGGGCUCAACGAGCGCGUGCGGGUGCUGGACGAGCGCAAGGCGCUGAUCCCCUGCAAGAGAUUAUUUGAAUAUAUUUUGCUGUAUAAGGAUGGAGUGAUGUUUCAGAUUGAACAAGCCACGAAGCAGUGCUCCAAGAUCACCCUGACGGAGCCCUGGGACCCUCUAGACAUCCCUCAAAACGCCACGUUUGAGGACCAGUACUCCAUAGGGGGGCCCCAGGAGCAGAUCACUGUCCAAGAGUGGUCUGACAGAAAGUCAGCUAGAUCGUAUGAAACCUGGAUCGGCAUUUAUACUGUCAAGGAUUGUUAUCCUGUCCAGGAAACCUUCACCAAAAAUUACAGUGUGAUAUUGUCCACACGGUUUUUUGACAUACAGCUGGGCAUUAAAGACCCCUCGGUGUUCAUCCCGCCGAGUACCUGCCAGGCGGCCCAGCCGGAGAGGAUGAGCGAGGACUGCUCCUGGUAAGCCUGUGAGUGCCGAAGCCGGGCAUCGGAUGUCAUCCCCACCUCAAAAGGGAUUCGAGGCUUUUCAGAGGCAAGAACCUUCCUGGAGAGAAAUGUCCAAACUGUAGGAAGAUAAACACCGAUCUGGGGUUCUUUGUAUAUAUGAGUUUUGACUCCUCAAGCUAUGUUUACAAAAGGGCAGAGCAUUUGUUCAGCCUGUGUCUUCCACGCGUGCAGGUGGAUCUGGGUGCAGGGGCAGAUGUGGGCGAGGGGUGGCAGGAGCGGCUUGCCUUGGCAGGGAGGAGGGUUUCGUUACUGACGUGACUGAGAAUUGCUGGGUUGCUGCCACGUGGUGAUAAUAACAUGCAGAACGGUUUUCGUCCGUUUUAUGAUAAAGUUUUAUGUUCUCUACAGAUGAUGGCCCCAAUAUUGCCUGCACCAGGGGGGCGAAGGCUCCCUUGGCCACUGACAGAUUCCUUAAAAUCCCUUCCAGACUUAAGAGCUUUAUGGCAUGACCGGGUUGAUGGAAAUUUGGGGAGGAAAUGAAAGGCUCCAAUACAAAGUAAUUAUUCCUCAAAGAGACAUUUUAAACAAGAGGGUUUGGACAACUUAAUGUCUCUACCUGGGUAAGCAUAAGCCGUGUAUGUGUCCUUUUCUCUAUGCAAGACUAUUGCUAUAUGUGCUGAAUCAUCACAUAUUUGUCAGGAGACCUAGAAAGACAGAUAGUAUUCUAAAAAUAGCAUUGCACUGGGAGUCAGGAGACUAUUGUCUUCAGUAUCCAGGACUAGAAUUCCUCUGUACUUGAACGCCUUUGAUGAACUAAAUGCACUAUGCUUUCCCUCACCCAAGCCUUCCUGGGGCAGUUUCGCAACCUCUUUGUCUAUGUGACUUCUGCUCAUCUUUCCCAGGUCAGCUCACACUUGAGCUGACCCCAGAGAGCUGCUCCCAGGCCCGGCUUGGGUGCACUCUGUAGCUUGAGCAUGCAGUUCUCACCACACUUAUUAGGCUCUGUGCUAAUUUCCUGCUUACUGGACACUGUCGCCCACGAGCCUGGCUAUGAGCAACUUGAGUAUGGGUACCAUGCUCUGUUUACUUCUAUAUGCCCAGCGCCAAGUAAGUGCCUGGCACAUGCUCAGUGCCCUAAACAUUUGUAGGGGGGAGAAUGCCAGUCUCUCCGGUCAUCAGUUGCCUCAUGUGUUCAAGGGUUGGGUUUGCUGACCUCUAGGGAGACUCUUAGUAAUAAAAUUUAUUAUUCUAGAUUCUUCUACUGUUAUGUUUAAUCUGGCUAUUAUCUAUUACUAGGAGAAAUGUAUGACAUCUCUAUCAUGCGGAAAACAAUCUGUAUGACUCACAGUUUAUUUCAAUAAACAUGUUUAAUUGCA